UUUCAGAUGGAGCGGAUAGUAUCCCGCGUUCGUCGAUUAUCUCCGUUGCACACAUUUUCAGAUGCUCUUCUCAUUUCGUUGCUUUCUGAAUCAGAUUUUCAGCCGGAUAGUAUUCAACAAGGUGUUGUAUUAUUCGAGAAAGAUGAGCCAACAGAAUACUGGUAUCUACUACUUAGCGGAGAAGUUCAAUUGUAUAGUAAAACAUAUACUGGAGAUUUCAAUCACUUGAAAACAUUACGAUGUGGAGCACUUUUUGGUGAUCUUUCAACGUUGACACAUUCCUGUUCGUGCUUGGUAACCCGGCCUGCACAAUUGAUUCGGAUAGCUCAAAAUCAUUUUUUAUCUGUAUAUAAUAAACAUGGCGAUCACUUACAACCGUUCAUAAUAAUAAUGCACGAUAUUUUGACGGAUGAAACCCCAUCAGACCCAAUUCACCCUCAUAGUUCUGGACUUUUCAAUGGACAAAGAAGUAUGGAUCUCAUUUCAACGGAAAUUAAUCCUUCGGAAAUUGUUUCGGUAUCUACAAAUGGGAUGUUGUCAAAAAUGAUCCUUCCAUCUAUUCCAAAUCAGAGAGAAAAGCCGAUGAACAGAGUAGUAGUGAAUCAACAGAAAAAUGAAGAGAGGAAUUUUAUCGAAUUUCAUAAUCCAACGGGAAUAGAGAAACAGAUUCGGGAUUCUGGAGGGAUUUUGCAUAGGAAAAUGUUAACGGAUAAUCAUCAAGUUAUUAGGGAUAUUACAACAGAGCAUACGAGGGUUCAAAAUUGCAUGAUCGGUGCUGAAAUGAUUGACUGGCUUCUAACGCUUUUUGUAUCAACAUCCACCACAUGUUCAAGUCUUUCAAGAAUACAAAUGAGCGCAAUUUGGCAAGUCCUUCUCAAUAAUGGACUCAUUUCUCAUAUUGAUGGUGAACACCAAUUCUUGGACAAAACAAAUUCGUAUUAUAGAUGGGUUCAACAGUUUAGAAGUAGGAAUAAGGUAGCACCAAGUAUUGAAGAAGUUUCUAAAAGUAUUACACUCCUUUCAUCAGUGGCACCGGAAACUUUAUUUCUGAUGAUUGUUUCAAAACCAGGUUUUGAACGAAGUCCUGAAGAAUUAGAAGUGGUCUAUGAAGAAUUAACAUUUAUCAAAGCUCUAUCCCAUCUCAGCACAAUGGUCAAACGGCAACUAUCUAAUUUUGUGAAAGUUGAACAAUAUGUUCAUGCUGGAAGCGUUGUAUUUCGUCAAGGAGAAAUUGGAGUAUACUGGUAUAUUGUACUAAAAGGAGCUGUCGAAGUGAAUGUGAAUGGAAAAAUUGUUUGUCUUCUGCGAGAAGGUGAUGAUUUUGGAAAACUUGCACUGGUGAAUGACUUGCCGAGGGCUGCAACAAUAGUUACUUAUGAAGAUGAUUCAAUGUUUUUGGUUGUGGACAAACAUCAUUUUAAUCAAAUUUUACAUCAAGUGGAAGCAAAUACAGUUCGUUUAAAAGACUAUGGUGAAGAUGUUCUUGUUCUUGAGAAAGUUGACAUUCCACGUGGGGCGGCACUUGAAAACUCGAAUUCUUGUAACUUUAACUGCGGAUAUUCAGUAAUGGCUGGAAAGGCGGAGAAGAUUUUGGAAUAUGUUUUGGAGACGAGAAUUGAUGCUCUUGGUGAUGAUAUAUCUGAACUUGACGUUUUUGUCGAAGACUUCAUCUUAACCCAUGACGCUUUCAUGCCAGACAACACCGUCUGCAAUUUUCUCAAAUCGUAUUAUUUUCGGACACCAUAUAGAGCAACUCGAGACUCAAUAACCGAUUCUUGCACGGAAGAAGUUCGAUGUAAGCGGAGGGUCGUACAAUUUGUAUAUGUAUGGUGUAGCCUUUUGCGAGUCAAUUUUUUUCUGAAUCCUGUCACAAACUCUUUUGUUGAAGAACUGUUUUGUCAUGUUAUUGACGAUAGAAAACGAUUGGGAGGAAUGGAGGAUAUAUUGACAAGAAUUGGAUCGAUUAGAUCUACAAGAGAAAAUAUGCAAUUAGUAUUGGCUCGACAUCCGGCAAUUGUUCUAGAUUGUGGAGUAUUAUCUGCACAUACUCCGUGUCCAGUUCUACCAUCAGAUGUUUGUAAUCAAAUUAUAUACUUGGCAGAUACAACAUGCUUUGUUCUUCCGAUUCGAGUUGAUAAAACUGCUGAAGAGAUUUGCGAACUUUCGAGACGAAGAAUGAGCUUCUCUGCGGAACCUUUAAAUUUGGUAGAAGUAAAAUCAAAUGGAGAGAAGUUAAUAUUCAGCCCAAAUGAUAGAGCUAUUCCAACAGUUUUGAGUUUAAACUCGAAACUAUAUGUAGUAAAUCGAGAAGAAAUUCCGUUACUUGUUCCAAUGGAAGAUCAGAACGGACCAACUCCAUCUUCACAUUCCUCAAUUCUUCAUCUAAUUGAUUCUCAAGAGCUUGCGCAUCAACUUUUUCUUUUUCACCUGCAAUUGCUAAGAUCUACGGAUUCUAAUGAGUUACUGUAUCAAGUAAUUGGAAGAGAAUCGUUUCCAUUAAGUAUGCCAUUCAAUCUUGAUCUAUUAGUUCGAAGAUUCAAUGAAGUACAACAUUGGUCGACUACAGAAAUUCUUCUGGCUACUGAAGAGAAUCGAAUGGAGAUUUUGAAAAAGUUUAUCUCAAUUGCAACAAUUGCUCGAGAAUAUCGCGAUCUUCUAACAGUUUUUGCAAUAACAUUAGGACUCAGUCAUACAUCAAUUAGUAGAUUGACUCUCACUUGGAGUAAGCUACCACCUGCCUCUUUGAAAACAUUCUCAGAACUAGAAAAUCUGUUGGAUCCAACAAGAAAUCAUCGAAUGUAUCGACUUCUUGUCUCCAAAAUGUCAUCACCGUACAUUCCAUUUGUUCCACUAAUUUUGAAGGAUUUAAUGUUUAUUCAUCAGGGAAACAAGUCAUUUUAUAAUGGUCUUGUGAACUUUGAAAAAAUGCACAUGUUUGCAAAAAUCUUUCGAAGUUUUCGGCAGUGUAAAUCUCAAAUGGAUAACGGAGCAGAACAUGAAUUCAUUGAGCCACAGAGUUUAAUUCGAAACUUGAGAGUAAUCGAUAAUCAAAAGAAACUAAUGCAGCUGUCAUAUGAAAUUGAACCGAAAUCAGCACCGAAAAGAAAUGUGAUUUUUCAUUAGCCCUUCUAGAUAUUUAAUUUAUUAUUUAUUUUUCGAUUACCAUUAAUUUUAAUCAUGUUUUAGUCAAUUUGUAGUUAGGGUAUGUUUUUUCUAAUUUUUCAAUUUAUCAAUAUUGUUUGUGGGUUUAUUUUCAGUGAUUUUUCAAGUUAUAUCAAGAUUUUUGCAAUAGCUCAUUUAGGAUUUUCAAAUUUUCAAAUUUUUACUAUGAAUAAAUGUUUGGAUUAGAAUA